AUGCUGGAGUGGUAUAAGAAGGGAGCACGGCAUGGCAACACUGAGUGUGAGAUGAUGUUAGGGCGACUCUACGAAGACGGAGACGGCGUGAAGAAAGACAUCCCAAAGGCCAUCGAGUGGUUCGAGAAGGCAGCCGCGAAGGGUGACGCCGAUGCACAAAACAGCGCUGGCAUCUAUCACUCCUGGAAGGGGCGUUACGACGAGGCGUUCAAGUGGUACACUAAAGCGGCCGCUCAAGGCCACGCUGCCGCGGAAUAUAACCUUGGAUUCCUCUACGACGACGGACGCGGCGUGAAGAAAGACAUCUCAAAGGCCAUCGAGUGGUACGCGAAGGCAGCCGCGAAGGGUCACGCCGCAGCACAAAACAACGUUGGCCUCUGUCACCACGAGAAGGGGCAACACGAGGAGGCGUUCAAGUGGUGCUCUAAAUCGGCCGCUCAAGGCCACGCUUUCGCGGAAUGUAGCCUUGGAUCCCUCUACGAAGACGGAGACGGCGGGAAGAAAGACAUCUCCAAGGCCAUCGAGUGGUACGCGAAAGCUGCGGAGAAGGGCCACGCUCUCGCGGCAGAGAGACUCCGAACACUCACCCCAGCCGCGUGA